GUAUGCACUAAUUGUGCAGGACCUUAUACUUGACUCCGGAUCUCCUCGUUUCGAUGCACUUCACCUGUCCUCGAUCUCACAAUGAAGAUCGUCUUCCUCAUCUUCAUUCUCAUGAUGACUUUAACCUCGGCAUUCCCUCCGGAGUGCGACGAAGUUUUGCUCUACUGCGGCCAGUGCCGGUCUAACAUAUUAUAAUGCCUUAAGCCAUUUCAAAAAAUUAUGCUUUUAUAUCUCUAUAAUAUUAUUCGAGAAGUCAGUUUCUUAUGUGUAGUUUUCAUAUUAAUUUUAGAGUAGUCAAUUACAAAAGUAUUCUUAAUGAAUUAAAAAUAUUAUGCAUAAUACCAUUAUUAUAAUUUUUUAUUUUAUUUUCCUUUUUGUUUCAUAAUUUUUUGCUUUUAAUUUCCUUUUUUUUUAUCAUAAUGUUUUCUUAAACUACUAAAAUAUGGAAAUUAUAUAUAUAUAAUUAUUUCCACACGUGUUAUUUUAGCUAAGAAAACCUUACCAACCUUAAUUAUUUGUAAAAAGCAAAAAAAAAACUAAAAUAUAUCCUAUUGAUAACAAAAACAUAUGCCCUUGUAAAAUUUUCUGCCCUAAACAACGGCUUCACCCGCUUAUGCCAUAGACCGGCCCUGACUGCGGCGGAGGAAUAAGCGCAAUCGGCGUUGGUAACCGGACAUGGAUGCCGGAUUGCCUUUCUACAUCCGGAGAGUCCAAAACAUCUCCCGCUCUAACGCAAGACCCCUCCGUCGUCCCAUCCGUCCCAUACAUGUCCGCCAGAGUCUUCAAAUCUCCCUGGUGCAUUGAGUUUGGAGGAGCAAUGCAAAUGGAUCAAAGAGAGCUUGACGAGUUUCCCUCAGCUUCCAAACAGAACAAAUCACAAUGCUAUUUAUGGUCUUUCUCAAAAAAAAAAAAAAAAAACAAGUGUUCAACUUUGAAAACCUAUUUGACUCAUUCUUUAAGGUGAUAACAACCUUGGGGGCCACCUUGAUUGCAUGAGCCUGGGAUGUAAAGCUAUUUUCCUGUUAAAGAGGAUCCUCCUCAUGCUAUGUAUCUCAGAAGUGGAGAUGUUGUACUAAUGGCUGGAGAUGCCAGGGGAUGAUUUCACGCUAACCCUACUUCAUUUGCAUCAUCAGCUUACCAGCUUUUUUUUCUUUUACAAGAAAGAAUCUCCAGUUUCUCCUAUUCUCCCUCCCUGUUUGGUCUGUGAUGAUAUAUGUUGAUCCUGCCAAGAGAUUUUGAGAAGCAGCCCCCUUCUAUACUUAUAGUUUUCUAUGUUCUUAGGGCCAUAGAAGCUUUCCAUUUUGUAGGAUUUAGCUGGAACUAUCCUAGUUUUUACACAACCUUUGCUGUAUUACCAAGAAAGAAUCAAAAAAAAAAUAUAUAUAUAUAUAUAUAUAUACUUUUAUAUAUAGCAUAUCCUGUAUUACACAUUUACAAGUUCUUAAAAACAAAGGUUGUAAAGAAGACAAAGAGAAUGUGCAACAAGAAGAUCCAGCAAAAAGAAGAGGCGCAUGAUCAUGCCUUUUCAACACAGUUAUGUUUUGUGAGUGUAUAAAAUUAACAUCAUAGCACUUAAAUUGCUUCACUUGUGUCAAAACUUGCUUCCUUGACAUUAAUAAAUCCGCAAAUAUUCAAAAAAAAUCAACUUCAAGGCAGAAGAGGCACAGAGCCAAAUCAUUCAGGGUUUGGUCGAAAAAUCGAAAUGCUUCAACCAUGUUUGUUUCUCCCUCAUGAAUGAAACCACUCUUCAGCGAGUAUAACUCAAACUCCCUUAGCUGCAACACUUUCCACUGCUUCUCGAAUCUCUUCUUAUUCUCUGAGGCAAAACCCUACUCCAACCUUUCUGAUCAGAAAGAUCAUCAUCCACAACUGCUUGUUCCAUCAUUUCCAGUUACAUCCUGGAAAAGUAUAAUAAUAUAUCAUACAUGUUUACACAAAGAAAAAGAUUUUAGUAAUCAUUCUUCUCGUCACGUUCCAGAACAGAGUAUAAGGCCACAUGCAACCUCUAUUGAUCUUUGACUUUUUGUAGUAAAAAGUCAAGCAUAUGAUCAACUUCUUAGUCCAAUCUGAAAUUCACAAAUUUACAGAUGAUUUAUAUAAUUUACACUAGUGUACGAGAAAAGCAAUGAUACUUUACUUGGUGUGACCAAAACAGAAUCUCUCUUUUUGUCUAGUAACAGUGAGGCUUAAGAAAGUAAUCUGAUUCUUUGCCUCUUCCUGUCAAAGUUUCUUACAACAUUGAAAAUAUAAACAGUAAUCAAAAAAUAAAAAUUGUACUUAUGAAUUAAAAGAGAGAGAGAGAGAGAAAAAAAAUGGAAAGUGAACUUAGCUUCUUGAUUUCUGUUCUGAUCAUAUGUGCAGACAUUUCAGCUGGAGUCCUUGGGAUAGAAGCUGAGAUUGACCAGAGGAAGCAACAUCAUCCUAACCACCAACAACAUGGAUGUCGAAGAAACCCAAGCUCUGGAGCUUUUGCUGAGGGAGUAGCUGCAAUUGUGCUUCUGUCUAUCGUCCAUGUCACAGCCAAUGUUCUUGGAGGCUACGCUUACAAUCGCUCUAAGCAAGAUAUCAAAAGAGCAACGGCCAACAAGAUACUCGCAGUGGCUUUCUUUGUGAUCUCUUGGAUCUUCUUUGCUGUUAGCUACUCGACGCUGAUGGUAGGAACACUAGCCAACUCGAGAUCAAAUAGAUACUGCAGCUUGAGGAGUCGUUGGCUCUUCCUAAUUGGAGGCAUAUUUUGUCUAGGACAUGGACUGGUGACUUCAGCAUUUUAUGUUUCAGCCCUUGCUGCUAGUAAAGAAGACAAAGAGAACGUGCAACAAGAAGAUCCAGCAAAUAGAAGAGGCGCAUGAUCAUGCCUUUUCAACACAAUUAUGUUUUGUGAGUGUAUAAAUUUAACAUCAAUAGCACUUAAAUUGCUUCA